AUGACUACCUUCAUUCCAUCCCUUUGCAAAGUCGAUGCCGACUUACAGGACUUUAAGUCCUUGACAAGACCUGGGAGCGUUGUUGAUCUUUACUUGAAAGAAAAAUCAAAAUCGAGCAAUUUGGAAAGCGCUUUAUGCGACUAUUCUAACACUCUUCAGCUUUCCGGUGGAGAUUACAUAUGCUACCAGCUCUCAUCCACGUACACUGUACUAUCGGUGUACUCUUUGAGUGAUGCUUUCGCUGGUCGAACUUUGAGAAUCCAUCUUCCACAGCAGCUUUUUAAUAUGCAUCAUACCUUUACGAUCAAGGAGAAUGGGAACCUUUUGGUCAUGGAAAUGAUCUUGAGUGACGGCUUGUACCUUAUCGUAAGUUUGCCUGUAAACUGCACGCUUGAUAAAAUCACCGAAAUUCCAGAGAACUGGUUUGUGGCAAUGAAUCCUUACGACUUCACGGUAAGACGGCCUCAAUACGUUUUUUCCAUUUCAGAAGAGUUGACGGUUGUUUUCCUCGAAGAUGGUGGCCUUUUGGGCUUGAGGAGAAGGUUGGGCGAGAACGGCCAACUGGAGAUGGCGCCAAUAUUAUUUAAUGAUAGCAGUUAUUUGCUUGGCCUGGGCAGACUUUUCUUCUCCAAAGAGAAAACAUCACAAGACAGCAACGUUGUUAGCUGUCUUCUUUACCGAGAGCGCUUCCUGAUAACCCUAACACAGAAUUGCAGGCUGAAAGUGUGGGAUCUUGAAAAGCAAGCCGUAGUAUUCGAGAGGCAUCUUGCUUCGGAGCAAAAGAAUGCUUACAGGAUGUAUGAAACGCUAGGACAGUUCCUUUCUCUCUUCGAAGACAAGCUCGCCAUAUUUCUGCCCUUUGAAAAUGGCCUCUUCCAACUGUGGGAUCUGCGCCUAGACAGCAAUGGUGGACUGCUGUUAAGCCCCAAGGGAAUUUACCCCUGUAACCUCGCAUCAUCCGCUAUUUGGUCUUUAGUGGACAUGAAGCUUACCAAACCUCUUGAAGGUGUAGGGCAAGAUAGCUUUGUUAGCAUGGUGGUGCUUUGGAAAAGCAACCGCAUCAUGAAACUCCAGGUUUUGAACGUUUUCGAAGAUAACAUGCCGGAGCAUCAAUGGCUGGAUGCUAAAAACCAGUCAUCUGUUGAUCUGCGUGCGGAACUCGCAUUUGUGAGUGACGACAGCGUUAGCAACAAGCUAAUGGCUCUCAAGUCUUCUUAUAAUUCUGGGCUUUUUAAAGAGGCAGAAAAGGUGUUAGGAGAGAACCAAGUAAUGAUCUCUGAGGAUUCAACUCAAAAUGACGAAUAUUUCCUCAAUUUGGAGUCAGUUCUAAAAGAUCUGAAAAAGCAGCAUGAUGAGCCAUCGUCACUCACACUAUAUCAGAAUGGCAUACUAUUGGUCAAUUCUCUGUCCCUGUAUUCUCAUUCUCUUUACAAAGUUAGCACGUCUCUAGAAAGCAGCUUUUACAACUUAAGCAAGGAGAGGAACUCUAAUGACGCAUUAAAAAGGUUCUUAGAAACAGUCGAUGGUUUUGCUGCGACGCUGCCGACACGCGUUCUCGCAAACAUAUCCACUGCCUUGGUGGAGGCCGUGACUUCCUAUUUUCCGCAUCAAAUACCGCUAACAGAAGUCUUUUCGCAACUGUUUUCGCAGCAUUUGGCAGGAACGUUUCACAUUGCUAACCUUAAAAAACUGCUGGAAGAUCUCAAUCAGUUCGAUGUAACAGCUGUCUUGCAAAGUUAUAUCGACAACAUGUUGCAGAAGUCUGAAAUAGAUCACGUCUUAGUGGACUCUGUGUACCCAGAUGCACUUAUGAACGUAGCUAUUGUGGAAAGCGCUCAUCAAGCCCUCAUAAUUCAAAAUUCCUUUAUUUGCAAGAUCGCAUUGAUCUUUGCAUUCAUGGAGUUCGAUCAAACGACUUUUCAAUCGAGCUUUCAAGCGCAGCUGGAAGUGCUGCUUGAACUUCACUAUAAACAGCAGCUGUGGAUUCAACUCUACCGUCUGGACAAAAAUCUUUUGGCCUCUGAAAUGUUCGCCAGAACUAGUAAAUUCGGAAAAGGCCACAAAAUCAGGUCAUACGCCGAGUGGUCUACAGCUGAGUCAGUCAUCUUCAAAGAGCUCUACGGUAUGUCUAUAUCUCCUAACCCACUUUUCAUUGAGAGUUUUGACGCAUUCAUAGUCUCAGGAAGCCGCAGUUCUCAAAUGAGUAACAUUUUUUUGACUACAAUUCAGAAAAUCUUUUACAUUCAUUCAAAUGUUGCACACGAAUUUAUGCUGGGGCUUGCAUUUUUCGUAUGUGGGGUAUAUGACCGAGCUUUUGAAUUUCUUCAAAAACAUCCUUACCCCGAUGCUUUGCCUAAAGAAUUACCGGAUCGUCUAUUCUUACCACUUCAGCAAGACGGACAUCUAUGGCGCGAUGUCGUAGGGUCCUUUACAUUGCCUAACAAACAUGCUGCAUAUUACUUCAAUCUGUCGAAGCUUUUCUCGAUUGCAAAGAGUUACGAUUACGCCCUAAGAUGUGCCAAAAAAUCCAUAAAAUUAUCCGCCGAAAAUAAUAACGAGGAAGAUACGCAAGAAUUCAAAAGUUCUCAACUUUUACAGUACCUCAACAUUCUCAUUGUGUUCUCCGACUACGAAGAAAUUCUUGACGUUCUCCGCUGCAGUCCGGAUAUCAUUCCAGAGAGCGUCAAAGCCUCUUACUACGGGAAGUUAAUAUCAAGCCAUGCGCAUAAGGAUGCAUUUUUUUCCACGCUUCUGAACUUGUGUGCCAAAUCAGAAGGAGUUUACCUGAUGACUCAAGACUAUCAUCUGAUUGACAAAAUAAUUCGUGAGGACUUGGCAGCAGGAAAUUGGGAAGCCUAUAAAAAGGUUUACGCUUUCAGAUUGCUUAAUGGUCAGGAUCGGUCUGCUGCUGAGGCAUUGUAUGACUAUUUUAUUGUCGGGGGUGAUGACGACAUCAAAAGAAGGUGUUUACUACUCAUUUCAAACAUCAUGCGUGGAUUUUCUGCCGAAAAGGAUAGGUGGUUCAUAGCAGGCGGCCAAUUAAUCACACUCGAGAACUUGGAGCUAGGACUUAAAAGACUAGACGCAUAUUAA